ACUGCUUGAUCCAUGGAGCCCCGGAUUCCCCACAACAUCACCGUUGUCCCCAACUCUGUGAUGGUCCAGCCCUUGCUGGACAGUCGGAUCCCCUAUGGGCGCCUGCAGCACCCACUCACCAUCCUGCCGAUUGACCAGAUGAAGACCACUCACAUAGAGAACGAUUACACUGACAACCCCACCGCUGCCCAGCUGGCAGCCCAGAAGCGGCCCCGAGGCCCCCAUGAACUGGUUCUGACCAACCAGCACCCGCAGCGCUGCGAGCAGGAUGUCACCCACCCCUGGAUCUCGUUCAGCGGGCGCCCCAGCUCCAUCAGUAGCAGCAGCAGCACUUCAUCAGACCAAAGGCUCUUGGACCACAUGGCCCCAGCACCCGUGGCAGAACAGUCCUCCCCCAGAGCAGUUCGCAUUCAGCCCAAGGUGAUUAACUGCAAACCCCUGGACCUGAAGGAACCUGUGUCUCAGGAACUGGACAAGCACUUUCUGCUGUGCGAAGCCUGUGGGAAAUGCAAAUGUAAGGAGUGUGCGCUGCCCCGGACGCUGCCUUCCUGCUGGGUGUGCAACCAGGAGUGCCUCUGCUCAGCACAGAACCUGGUCAACUACUCCACCUGCAUGUGUCUUGUCAAGGGCGUCUUCUACCACUGCACCAACGAGGACGACGAGGGCACAUGUGCCGACCACCCCUGCUCCUGCUCCCACUCUAACUGCUGUGCCCGCUGGUCCUUCAUGAGCGCCCUCUCCCUGGUGCUCCCCUGCUUGCUCUGCUACCUGCCAGCCACCGGCUGCGUCAAGCUGUCCCAGAGAUGCUACGACCAAGUGAGCCGGCCCGGAUGCAGAUGUAAAAACACAAACAGUGUCAUUUGCAAGGCAUUGCCCGAGAGCAAAGGAAACAGGCCAGAAAAGCCCUUUUGAUAGUUUGGGAGAAUGGGGAGUGGGAGGACACUUCACAGUGGCGUUGGCUCUCUUUAAUAACCUGUGUUCCGAGGAUAACGUUAGUCUUUUGCCUUCAGAGAAAGCAGAAGCAACUAUUUCCACAAACUGAAGCACUUUGGGUUAUUCAGGGUUUUGGAACUGGUCAGAGUUUAAGUAGACGGGGCCAAAGGAGGAAUCUUAAUAAUGUAGAGUGAAGGCUGAAAACCUGCGUAUCUCACGA